GGGUGGUUUGGGGUCGCAUGAGGGGCAUGACAUGAUGUCCAAAUCAAGGCAAUGUUGACUCACCGCAAGCGCCUCCAUCAGCCCCAUCGUUUUUGCAUACUGCAAGGAUUUUAGCUGCUGCGUUGUGUUUGUGCCCGGCUGGGACAGUCAGAUUGCGUCUCGCCCAGUGGUAAUAAUUAAGAUGAUGAUGGUGGUGGAUUUGCGUUGCCAAGGCAGCCGGUGUUGAGCACCAUAAAAGCGGCAAUAAAGUGAGCGAUGGUGGAGGCCAGAAGCCAAAAUGAUGGCUUGGGGAACAGGGAAUUUAGCAGCACUGAGACAAGUUUUUUUUUUUUUUUAAAUUAUGUGUGGGGAUAAUAAAGGCGAGAUUGAGAGAGUUCAGGUGGUGGUAUAGGCUUGGGAGGGAGGAACGUGCCGCUCUAUUUGAGCAGAUCCAGAUCCAGCGCUCUAUCAAUUUACAUGCUCUUUUCCCCAGGAGUUAAAAAAACAAAAAAAGUUGAAAUUUUGAAGUUAAAAGCAGAGGACAGAGGCGUCACUGCAGCAGGGGAAUCAACGCCGAGACUUGCCUGCGCCGGGAGGAGCAGCAGGCGACGGUUGCGUCGCUGCCGGAGAGUUUUGCUCCGUUAGUAGUCAACUGAGUUCAGUUCUGUGAGCGGGUGGUUCAAUGGACGUGUACGAGGCGACGCGGGUGGUGUUGGCGAGGAUACAGAGCUUGGACGCGGAGAACGCGGCCAAGAUCAUGGGCUACAUCUUGAUCCAGGAGCAAGGUGACAAGGAGAUGAUCCGCCUCGCCUUCGGUCCCGAUGCGCUCCUUCAGUCCGUCGUCCUCAAGGCCCGCAGUGACCUCGGCCUCCCCGGCUCGCCGCUCGCAACCUCUGCUCCUACAACCCCGUCCCCUUUUAGCCUCCUUGCGCGCCAGAACUCCUCCUCCCGCUUCUCCUCCCUCGGCGGCGUCUCUUCGCCUACAUCGUUCCUUCCGCCUUCCGGAUUCUCAUGCUCAGGUAGAGGCCUGGAUGAGCUGCAGGGCACCGAAGAGAUCCUCAGUCCCAACGGCGCCGGUAAGCCGUUCAUGGAAGAGUUCCAACUUCAAGAUCAGCUCUCCUUCCUCAGCGACAGUGCCACUAGUCCUAAUCCCGAGCAUCCCCUCCCUAUUGGCCCCAAAUCUGCUGGCGAUGGAGGCGAUCUCUUUUAUCCUGAUGUUUUAUGCCGCAGCCCUCGCGGCGUCGGAGACGAUCUCUUCUACCCCGACGUGUUUGGCCGUAGUCCUAGCAGCGGGAGCGACAGUUCGCUGUUUCCUUGCAGGUUCGGAUGGGCGACCAACGGGAACCACCAUCGUCGUAGCUGGUCCUCCGCCGACCUCCUUCUCCGUUCCGAUGCUGCAGCUGGGGGCUUCGGUUGGAAGCCCUGCCUCUACUUCGCGAAAGGUUACUGCAAAGACGGCCCCGAGUGCCGCUUCCUACACGGCUUGCCGGAGGAGUCCAUCGCCGCAGCGGAGCAUCAGCGUCAGUUGCUGCUGCUGCGGUCGAUGAGCCAGAGGAUCGGCCGCCCAUCGCAGCUCACAGCGUCCGCCUUCCCGUACUCGCCGUUGGGUUCGCUGCCGUCUUCACCCUCGUCGACGACCAAAUCUCUCGACUUCUUGCUCCAGCAGCAAAAUGACAGCCAAAGCAGAGCGGCGGCGGCCGCAGCUCUGCUGCGAUCAAGGAUGGAAAGAAGCGAUAUUGCAGGGAUGACCAAUCCAGGCUCGAGACAGAUCUAUUUAACGUUCCCGGCAGAUAGCACUUUUACUGAAGAAGAUGUCUCCAACUACUUCAGCAUCUACGGGCCAGUACAGGAUGUGAGGAUCCCAUAUCAGCAAAAGAGAAUGUUUGGUUUUGUAACCUUCAUCUACCCUGAAACCGUCAAGGUGAUCUUGGCCAAAGGAAAUCCUCAUUUUGUCUGCGACGCUAGAGUUCUCGUCAAGCCUUACAAGGAGAAAGGCAAAGCCCUUGACAAGUGCAGGAAGCAGCAACUGAAUGAAAGGGGAGAAUUUUCCGGCUGCACAACUCCCACUGGUCUGGAAUCUAGAGGAGAUCCUUAUGACCUUCAACCGCUGGGAGCGAGGAUGUUGUACAACAAUGGCAGCCAGGAGCUGCUGCGGAGGAAGCUCGAGGAGCAACAGCAAGCUCUGGAGCUGCAGCGGGCCAUUGAGCUGCAAGCAAGAAGACUGAUGAAUCUCCAGCUCCUCGACCUCAAGAAUCGUAGUCUCUCCUCCUCGACUGCUCCAGCCUCUAUCAUCAACCCUCCCACCAUAUCAGCCCCAUUUAUAACUAUACCUACAGCCGAUUCAAGUAGCAAAGGUAGUAGCAGCAGUAGCAGUAGCCAAGAACACUCUCCAAUUGCAGGUGCAGAGCAGAACAUGAACACUUCCAAUGGCUUCUCGAAGGCGGUCAACUCUAGCGACAAGAAGGAAUCUGUUGAUGAGGUUAAUCCCAAUCAAGAUAGUGAUUCCCAUGAAAGUGCUGCGGAGCACAACUUGCCCGAUAGCCCUUUUACUUCGCCCACCAAGUCGUCAAUUGCAGUACUGGAGGUCGAUGCUUUCUCACAUGCUGCGGCAACCGUGCCACCCUCAUCAACCUUUGAGAUGGCCUCAUACAAAUCAUGUGUAUUAGCAAUGCCAAGGUUAUCCAGUCAUGGAGCUAUGGGGAUGUAGAGCUAAGCAAGCUCUCUUCAGACUUCUUCAAGUGUUCUUUCACUGCCUCUAAACUGCCACAGAGCUCUGAACAAACAAUCAGCCAUACCACAUAUCCAUUACUAGCUGCUUUUCAAUUAGAAUACUACUUACACCUUAAUAGUCUACUAAUUGCGCUAUAGCUGCUCAUCACAAACACCAAACAGACGAAAAAAAGGACAGGACAGACAUAUCAGAGAGAUUUCUGAAUAGCCGAGCAUGAAAAAAGCUGCAGGGUCGUCACUUCUGUGUCAUUGCUAAUUGUGACGAACGUAUAGAUGUAGAAACGUUCAGAUAUUUAUAAAUCUUCUUUCUGCUUAUGCGAACAGUGACAGUGGGUGUUAUGAUGCGACUGUGAUGGGACUUGAUUAAUAUAAAUAUAAAACUUUUAAAGCGAGAAACAAGAUAA